CAAUCACAGACCGACGGAACCGGUGUAACGGCACCUCUGGGCAACGAAAAUCCUGUAAUGCUUGUGGUGAACAUCAAGAAAAGAGUUUUCACCGGGGGAAACCCUGAACCUUUAUUAGCCAAUACAAGCUUCUCUCCAGUUUUCUGAUCACAUUCAUUUAUAGACAGAGUAGGAUACAGGCAAUGAUUGACUGGUGAAUUUAGUGAUGUGACAAUUGACGGACAUUGCAAGUGGACAGAGAACCACUCUACACCACUCUCUCUGACAUCAGACAAUGUUCCCAAUGUUCAGCCUUAGUGGCCAUUCAUCAAUGUGUUCUUCUGAUGACCCACGGGUUUCCCACAAAUCAAAUACAGAGUGACUUAUUUCUCAGCUCAUUCUCAGUCUACCUUCAACCCCAUUUUCAACUCAGGCAACACUGACUAUCAUCUCUCAUUUGAACUGCUGACUCUUAUUUUGAUCAAUAUCCCAACACGCCUCAUGGUUCUGUUACCUUCUGUUCCUUGUGACUUCCAAAUUGAGUUUGUAAUUACCACAGCAUAUACUGUUAACAUGGGAAGUGCAACAUGAGUGCCACUGAAAAUAUUCUAAACAUCUACAGCUGACAUAGAAUUACAAACAAACAGCUUUCCAAUGGUCCUCGUGCUACUGGAGUGCUUUCACCUAUUACCACCUAGAAUAAAUAUUAGUGAAGAGCCAGACACCAUACCAAACACGACAUUCCACGUGCGGCAGCUGACAAUUUCAGUUCAAACUUCUUACUCAACAUUACCACCGGUUGGCUUUGGUCUGUCACACAUGCACAAUAGUCCUGAGUUUGCUGGCUGAUCCUCACUGCCAGUUUCCAGCUGUUGGCUGGCACUGGACCCCUCAAGGAGCCUGGCAGUGAAGGGUGAAGCUGCUGCGGUUCGCCAGGGAUUACCCUGGCAAAAAAUCAACAGUGAACCGGCCAUAGUUUCACCUCGUCAUAGUCAUCAAACCCUACAGUAUAGCAACAGGCUCUUCUGCCCAACUAGCCCACACCGACCUAUUCCCUGCUUAGUCCCAUUGAUCUGAACCCGGACUGGAAGCAUCCAAAACUCCCCCAUUGAAUGAACUUAUCCAAACUGAUCUUAAAUAAUCAACUCGAAUGUACAUCGACUAAUUAAGAUGGCAGCACGUUCCGCGCUCUUCAGCAACCUCUGAGUGAACAAGUUCUCCCUCAUAUUGCCUUUCACCUGUUAUCAUUACCCUAUGAUCUCUAAUUUUUGUCCCACACAACCUCAGUAAUAAAUGCAUUUUCGCACUAACUCUCUCUAUACCCUUUAUAAACGUGUCUGCCUCAUUCACAUCUCUCAUGGUCCUCCUACACUGUAUGGUGUAAUGUCCUAACCUAUUCACACUUUCUCUAUAUCUUAGAUCCUCAAGUCGUGGCAACAAUCUGUAUUUUAUUCUGCAUUCGUUCAAUCUUAUUGACAUCCUUCCAGGAGAGCGUGACUGAGCUCGCGGAGAAGGGAAACCGAGCGGGCGCUUCCAAACUCCUCCUGGAUCUGGUGAUGGAGAGGGGCUCCGGGGCCCGGAAGGUGAUGUGGGAAUCCUUUGUGAAACUACAUCACCACUUACCGAAGCUGAGCAGAAUAUUGAAUGAAAUACGGGAACGUGGUGACGGCCAGUUCGCCUACAUGGACACUGAGCGGGGUUUAUCUGAAGUGCCCACGCAUCUGGAAGAUGUUCGAAGGAAACACAUGGAGAAUCUGCGGACACAGUCUGAAAAACUAAGAGUGAACACGAUCCUGAUGAGGGAGAAGGUGAAGGUUUUCCAGCUGGUUGAUCGAUACGCUGAGCUCACGGUCAUUUCUACUGUUCGAGAUCGGACACUGGUGGAACAUGAGCUGCUGGCAAGAGGCAGAGACCACGAGGAAUGGAGAGAAAAAGAUCUCCGUGGUAAGCUGGAAAAAAUCCGGACUGAUCAGUUAUUCAGGAAGAGUUUUGUUGAGAAAUUGAAAAGAUCUAUCUUUAGAAACAAAUCAGGGAUGUCCGCAGCAGUGGCCGGAGUCCCAGGGAUCGGGAAAACAACAAUGGUACAAAAGAUUGUUUAUGACUGGGCCGCGAUGAAGAUAUACCAACAAUUCCAGUUUGUCUUCAGUUUCAAAUUCCGGGAUUUAAACUCCAUUAACUGCAGAAUAAACCUGAAGGAACUGAUUCUGCAUCAGUAUCCCUACUUUGGGAAUAUCCUGGGAGAGGUCUGGAAACACACAGAGGGACUGCUGUUCAUAUUCGAUGGAUUGGAUGAAUUCAAGGACAAAAUCAACUUUGUUGAUGGUCGGAGAGACACAGAAUCACAGUACACAGAUCCUGAAUUCAAGUGCAAGGUGUCUGAUAUUGUGUACAGUUUAAUCCAGGGCAAGCUGCUCCCAGGGUGUUCAGUGCUGGUGACCACCCGUCCCACUGCGUUACAUUUAUUGGAAAAGGCAGAGAUCAGUAUCUGGGCUGAAAUCCUGGGAUUUGUUGGUGAGGAACGGAAGGAAUAUUUCAUCAGGUAUUUUGAAGAUCAGACGGUGGCAGAAGCUGUUUUCAAACACGUGGAGGAGAACGAGAUCCUGUACACCAUGAGCUACAACCCUUCCUACUGCUGGAGCCUCGCUCUGGCACUGGGCCCCUUCUUAACCCAAAGAGUCAGGGACCCACAGCGAGUUCCCAAAACCAUCACCCAACUGUACUCCUACUAUAUUUACAACAUCCUGAAAAACCACGGCCGUGAGAUUGAGAACCCACGUGAUGUGUUACUCAGGGUUGGUCAGAUGGCCUUCAGAGGAGUGUCUGAGAAGAAGAUUGUGUUUACAGAUGGAGAUUUGAUAAACUACAAUCUGCAGCCUUCCCAGUUCCUGUCCGGUUUCCUGAUGGAGCUUUUGGAGAGAGAAGAUUCUGCCCAGAGCGUGGUGUACACAUUCCCACACCUCACCAUCCAAGAGUUUGUAGCUGCAGUCGCACAAUUCCUGAAUCCACAUUCCGGGGAUAUCCUGAAAUUUCUCACUGAAGUCCACAGCACGACAGAUGGGCGAUUUGAGAUAUUUCUCCGUUUUGUUGCUGGCCUCUCCUCCCCAAUGACAGCUCGGGGCCUGGAGGAGUUUCUGGGUCCAUUUCCUCAUCAAACAACAUGCCGGGUGAUUGACUGGGUGAAGGUGGAGGUUAAACGGCAGAGUGGAAACACAUGGUGUGAAGCUGGUAAAAGGAGCCUCCUGAACACUUUGCACUACCUGUUUGAGUCUCAGAAUCGUGGACUGGCUCAGGACGCACUGGGAUCUGUGGAAAGACUUUCAUUCAGUGGAAUGACACUGACUCCGAUUGACUGCGCGGUCCUGUCUCAUGUAAUCGGACUCUGUGAUACAAUAAAAUACCUUGACUUGGAGAGAUGCAACAUGCAGUGUGAAGGAAUCCAGCGGCUGGGACCCAGGCUGCACAAGUGCCAGGAGUUGAGACUGAACGAUAAUAAACUGGGAGAUUCAGGAGUGAAACUGGUGUCUGCGGCUCUGAGGAACACGGAGUGUAAAAUACAGACACUCGGGCUGGAGAAUGUCGGUCUCACAGAUUCUGGUGCCGAGAACGUCGUCUCCGCUCUCAGUACAAACCCAUCACUGACGGAUCUGAACCUGAGAUACAACUCUCUGACAGACGGAUCUGUCCCCGCUCUCCGCGGCCUCAUACAGACCCUCCCGAGUCUGGAGCUGAUCGAGCUGGGGGAGAAUCGGUUCAGUCGGACCGGGAAGAAGGAACUGAGAUCUCUGCAGGAACUCAGACCAGGACUGACAGUGACCCUGUCAUAUAAGACCCGGAGUGGGGAUCCAGUGAACAUCUGAAUGUGUGAACAUCCCCGCCCGCGGGUUGGGGACAUUUUGCCGACUCCCCGCCCUCCACUUUAACUCCCGCCCUUACCUUUAACGGCCGCGCACCGGGGCUGAUACCCAACGGUUUUAACUGAACCGGCUCGGGCCUCGCGCUGCGUGUCGCUCUGAGCCGUCCCGCAGUGACGUGUUUCCGCCUGUUGUCCGGCGGGGCAGGUUCCGCCGGAUGAGCGUGUUCGAGACUCCCACGUGACACGCCGGGGAAUUACCCAGACAGCCCGGGCGUCCGGGGCUCAGUCUGGAACACCGGUAUCCCGGGAGAGAAUCCAUUUGCUCCCUUUGAAACUAACACCACAUGUCCCAGCACACACACCCGGGGUCAGACACAGAGUGAAUCUCCCUCCACAUCGUCCCAUCACACAUUUGCAAUGCCAAACACACUAUGAAGCUCCGUCUGCACCGUUCCAUCACUCAAUUAAUCCCACCCUGGAAAAUCUCAUUUCAGGGAAGCAGGCACCAUCAAUUUGCGGGAGACUCCCGGAACUCCCUGGAGAGGUGGGAUGUCUGCAGUAGAGUAGCCCCUUAGCGGCCAGCCAACUAGUUUAAAUUGUGAUAGGUUCAUGAAAAUUAUUCCAGGACUGAAUAGCUUGUCAUAUGAGGAAUGUUUGAUGGCUCUGGGCCUUUAUUCACUAGAAUUCAGACGAAUGAGAGGUGACCAAAUUGAAAUCUAUUGAAUGGUGGAAAGCCUCAGAAUAGAGGAGCGUCCUUUUAGAAUGGAGAUAAGGAGGAAUUUCUUUAGCCAGAGAGUGGUGAAUCUGUGGAAUCCGUUGUCACAGACAUCUGUGGGGGCCAAGUCUUUACAUAUAUUUAAGGCAGAGGUUGAUAGAUUCUUGAUUGGUCAGGGCAUGGAGGGGUAAGCUGUCACAUUGGUAGACCUUGGGAUAUUAAGAGAUAGGUAAGGGAAAAAGAUGGAGGUAUACGUUAGGUGUAAACAGUAGAGAUCAUGAACUCCUUGAAGUGUGAAAGAGAUGAGGAUUACACUUAUGAAGGAAGUCAGGAGGGAAUAAGAAGAAAUCAUAUGUGAUAAAGGAAAAUCUUUAAAGACUCUAUAAGAAAGUUGGGGUGCUACUGUACUGUAGCAUUUAGUGUGACACUAUUAUGGCUCCGGGUGUUGGAGUUUAGAGUUCAGAGUUCAAUUCGGGUAAAGCCUAGGUAGUUCUAAGGUAGCGACAUGUUCGGCAGAUAUUCACACAUACAUAUAUACAUGUGGGUUUUGGUGAGGAGAGUGAGGGGUUUGGGAGGAAGAGGAGUGACGGGACGAGGAGUGGACUGAUGAGACGGUGAGCGUGGCGAAGUCACUGACUCAAUAUGGGACGGAGGCAAAGGGGCGAAAGUUCCUGUCACAAACUGGUGGCCGACAAGGAGAAGAUAAAGCCGGGGCGAAGAGUGAUGGGACGGGGAGAGAGGGGAAGUGAUGGGACGGGAGGGAGUGGUCUGAUUGGACAGGAUGGUGGGUGUGGGGAGUGAUGUUUUCUAUAGUGUGGGAUGAAUGGGUGGUGACAUUUCCUUCGCAAAUAAGACAAGCUGCA